AUGGGUGCUACUCGUGCUGAUAAGGAGCUUUACUUCGCUAAGCUCAAGGAGCUCUUGUCCAAGUACUCCUCGAUCUUCUUGGUCAACGUUGACAAUGUCGGCUCCAACCAGAUGCAUCAAAUUCGUGUUGCCCUCCGUGGCAAAGGUGUUGUCUUGAUGGGAAAGAACACCAUGGUUCGCCGUGCUCUCCGCACCAUCCUCGCGGACAGCCCCCAAUUCGAGCGCCUCCUCCCCUACGUCAAGGGCAACAUUGGCUUCGUUUUCACCAACGACGACCUCAAGGAAGUCCGUGACCUCAUUGUUGCCAACAAGGUCGCUGCCCCCGCCCGUGCUGGUGCUUUCGCCCCCAAGGACGUUAUCGUUCCUGCCAGCAACACCGGAAUGGAACCCGGCAAGACCUCUUUCUUCCAGGCCCUCGGUAUCCCCACCAAGAUUGCUCGUGGUACUAUUGAAAUUGUGUCCGAUGUCAAGGUCGUCACUGCUGGAACCCGUGUCGGAUCCUCCGAAGCCACCCUCCUCAACAUGCUCAACAUCUCUCCCUUCACCUACGGAAUGACUGUUGACUACAUCUUUGACAACGGCAACAUCUUCUCCCCCACCGUCCUUGACAUUGACGAGCAAGAGCUCGUUGACCGCUUCUUGUCCGGCAUCAAGACCAUUGCCGCCAUUUCCCUUGCCCUCAACUACCCCACUAUUGUGUCGGUUACCCACUCCCUUGUCAACGCCUACAAGAACUUGCUUGCCAUUGCUCUCGAGACUGAGUACUCUUUCGAGGCUGCCGAUAAGAUCAAGGAAUACCUUGCCAACCCUGAGGCGUUUGCCGUCGCUGCUGCGCCUGCUGCUUCUGAGGCCGCUCCUGCUGCCGCUGCCGCUGCGGAGGAGAAAGAGGAAGAGAAGGAGGAGUCUGACGACGACAUGGGCUUCGGACUGUUCGACUAA